CUUGUUUACCACUUCCAGCUCUUGUUCACCACCCUCAGCUAUUGUUUACCACCCCAAUACUUGUUUACCACUCACAAUUCUUGUUUGCCAACUUCAACUUUUGUUAACCACCUUAAGCUCUUCUUCACCAGCCAAAGCUCUUGUUGUUGUUAA